GCCUCUCAGUGAGUCCACUCUAUAUGAAGUCCUAAAUGCAUGCAGUGCAUCAAAACGGAAGUGCCUGAAAGGACUUGAUAACAUUGCUGUUGAUGGAUCUUCUGCAUUUGACAGUCUGACUAGCUUAGUUGAUAAACUUGAUGAGCCUCAGCAAUGGAAAAAAGAACUGAAGGAAAAGCUGUUCAAUGCUCGACUGUACUUAAAGACUGACUACAAGCUCCACAUCAAGCGGGAAGAUGAAUGCGCUUUCCACUGCUUACAGUAUGCACUUAGUGACCCCAAAUCAAGCCAUCUUAGUGUUUCAUGUGACCAUGAGCAUAAUAAGACCUGCAGCAGGUGUAACUUAUUUGGUGAAUCUGUCACGGAGAUCCGCAAGGUCAUUAUAAAGUCUCCAUCAGAAGAGCAAGAGGUACUAUUACAAGAUCUGGAAAUGUCUGUAACACAAGUAGAGGACUGGAGAUCACACAUCAUAAGAACUGUGAAUCAGGAUGACGGAAGGGUAGAUGUGCUGCAUAAUCUGAACAACAACCAGGUUUUAGUGAUUUUAGACUGGGCGAUGAAAUAUUUGCCGCAGAUGUACCGUGAGAAAAUGAAAGACUUCUUUGGACAGAAAGGAGUACACUGGCAUGUGUGUGUUGCAGUUUUCAAGGAACAAAAUGGAAGUCUAGUGCACAGGACUUUUACUCACAUCAUGGAUUAUGUGAAGCAGGACUUCUUUGCUGUUCUUUCAUUACUAGAACAUGCAUUAGUAACUAUUAAACAACAGCUGCCACACAUUACGGAAGCUUACCUCAGAUCAGACAAUGCCGGAUGCUACCAUUGUGGGCAGUUAUGGCUCUCCAUACCAUCAUUGUCAGAAAGAACAGGAAUAACUGUGAAGCGUUUUGACUACAGCGAAGCACAGAGUGGUAAAAGCUACUGUGAUGCAAAAAUCGCCCACAUGAGAUCAAAGAUGAGGAUUUUUUCUUCGGAGGGCCAUAAUAUUUGUACAGCUAUGCAGAUGAAAGAGGCAAUUGAGAGUGGUGCAGGAGUCAAGGGAACCUGCAUUGCUGUUGUUGAUGUUGAUGUCACUAAGCAAACACUCACAAAGCAUUCUUGGAAGGGAGUAAGCUUUAUAUCCAAUAUAGAAUUCACCACGGCAGGGUUAAGAACAUGGAAAGCAUACAAAAUUGGAGAGGGGUCCUUCAAAGAUACAGAAAGUCUUCAGAAACUAGGUCAUGCGCAAUCUACUACCAGUUUAAAGAUCCUAAGUGAUUUCAACCACACUGAAGAACAUGGCCAAAUUCAUCUUAGGGCACCAGAGAAUCAACCAGAACCACGUGAUGAUCAAUCUGAUACCUCAGCAAAUGACGAUGAUGGUGUUGAACCUUCAGGAACAGAUUCUAAGUUAUUCUUUUGUCCUGAAUAUGGAUGUUUGAAGUCAUAUCAGACUUUUGAGAAGCUGAAUGAGCAUCUACUCAUUGGAAAUCAUGUGUUUAAAAAAGUGUCAGAAUCUUCUAGUGACAAAGCAAAGAAACUAUGGGCCGAAAAAUGUGAUACUGUGUUGGCAGCUACCCGUCCUAGAGUUGAUCAUGAGUCCGAGGCUUCAGACAGUGUAGAUGUGCCAGUUCUAGGAUGGGCUUUGAAGAAAGAAAAGAGAUACAGCAGAUUUUCUCAAAAAGUGAAGAACUUCUUGACCGAGUUAUUCAAGAAAGGAGAAGAAAGUGGUAGAAAGGAGAAUCCAACAGCUGUUGCUCUGGAAAUGUGAACUAUGAUGGAAGAUGGAAGAGGGAAGUUCUCUCCAUGUGAAUGGUUACAGCCAAGUCAGAUUUCUUCAUUUUUUUCUCGACUUGCAAUAAAUUCCAACCAAUCAAAUGUACUUUGUGUGGACAAAAGUGAGUUAGUUUCAAGUGACAGUGAUUUGUUAGCUGUUUUAGGUGAACUUCAAAAUGAGGAAGUUUUUCAAAGCAUAAGUGAUUGACAUAAACAGAUUACAGGAACCCUACUCCAUUAUUUCUGCAUUUUGCAAUGAUAUUUUGAUGCUGCACUAUGACUAUUGCCAUUUUUAAAACCUAAAGUAUUGUUUCUGUAUAACUGUUUUUCUGUCCCCUAGUCUGCCCAUCAAAUGCAUAUUUUGUUUACCUCAUUUUUAAAGAAACUAUUCAAAGUAUUUUUAUCAAACUUCAUCUACUGAUACAUAUUGGUGAGUGUUAACAACUGCUUUAAACAUUCUAUUUUGUAUUUAUCUCAUUUUCAAAGAAACUAUUCUAGGUAUUUGUAUGUAGACAUAUAUACAGAUGCAAAUUGUUGAGAAAUACUCAACUUUAUACAAAAAGUAUUACCUGACCUUAAAUUUUUAAAUUUUGCAUUUAAAUCAGUUUUAACAAAAAUGUUGAAGGUAUUUUAUCUUAACACAUGGAUUAAUGUACAUUUAUGACAACUUGUAUCAAUGUGUCAACUUUUUAUGCGCCCGGAUCGAUAGAUCUGAGGUGUAUAUUGUUUUUGUCCUGUCUAUUUAUCUGUUUGUUUGUCUGUCUGUUGAAAACUUUAACCUUCGCCAUAACUUUUGAACCUUGAGAUAUAGAGACUUCAUAUUUGGUAUGCAUACUUCACUAAUUAAGCAUAUACAAAUGACACCAAAGUCAUCGACCUUGUGACCUUGACUGUGACCUUAAUGCUAAAAAUAGCUGUUUUCAAACUUUCGCCAUAACUUUUGAGCCAUAGGAGAUACAGAGUAUGCAUACUCCACUUAUAUAGUUCUUUCAAAUAGCAUUAAGAUCAUUGACCUUGUGACCUUGACUUUGACCUAUAUGUUAAAAAUAGUUUUUGUAACUUUGUUGCCGCAGGGCUUGUAGUGUUUCACAAACGCAUCUUGUUCAUCUUGACUUUACUUAUACAUGUACUGUUUAAAAAUAUCAAUUUUAAAGAAGCCUUCCAAUAUAUUAUAUAAAAUUAAAUACACUAACACACAUCAAGUGUGUCAUAAUUUUCUAAUAUUAACUUCCCCGUUACCUUGACCUCACUGUCCUAAUUUUUUCCCUAAUACCUAAUCUUUCACACAGAAGCAAGGUAGAUUAAUUCCUUUUUAUUUUAUCUUAUAAGUGAUUCAUGGAUGUUUUGUGGAAAUGUGUCUAGUUAUAUGCAAUGAUAACUCCUCCCGAGUUAAGAAAAAUCCAUUGUUUUGGGCUUUAGCUCAUCUGAUUUGAAACCUCAGCACAGCCUUUCUGUUAAUAUUUUGGCCAUGUCAUCUCUAUAAAUAUGAAAAUAUGUAAAGAUUCCUUAGUCCUGUUGAUUCAAUUUUUUUAUUCAAAUUGUAUAUCCUGCAGUUAGGUAUUAGGGGCUAAAAUUAAAAUAUUAAAAAUAAAUGUAGAUUUUACAUCACAAUGUUACAA